AUGUCUGAAGAAGAUGCUUUAAGAGUAAUUGGGAUCGAGCUUAAUUUCUUUUAUGAUGUUUUGUUUACGAAGGCACUUGUUAUGAAGUCUAAAUGGGGAUAUUUCCGUUAUAUUUCCUUUACUUCAGUUGUUUCGGCUCUUGCAGUAUUUCAUUUUAAUGUUAAUAAGGAUAAUUUCAAUAGCUUUGAUGUUGAUUUAACGUAUGCUUUACUAUUUGGUGCUAUUGGGUUGGAUUUAAUAGCAAUCUUCAUGACUAUUUUCUCUGAUUGGAGAGCAGUUCAUCUUAGAUCAUCAUAUCAUGACUCGAGAUCUCUCACUGCUUUAUUCAAUGAUCUGAGGUUCAGGAUUUUCCGCAAAUUGCUUAAUAUCAAGAGGCAGCAGUGGUGUUCAAUAAUUUUUCGCAGGUCGUCUAACAGGGUUUCCUGUCAUAAUUUGAUAAGAUAUGGCCUGCAAGGGAGUCCAACGAGAAUCCAUGUCAGCAAUAACCAUCGCUUAUGUGGCAAUUUUAUCCAAAGAAUGUUUCAAUUUUCAUAUAUUGAUAAAGUCAUAGUUUUCGUCGGCCUUAAGGAUUUCGUAGAUGAGAUAGUAUAUGUUUCGAGUGAGCCACUUACUAAGGAGCUUUGGAAAUUCAUUUUCAAUGAGGUGAAAAGGAAAGAAGCUUCUGAACAGAUACGUUCGGCUAGAGGAGAAUUGAUUAUCAGACAUGAUCUCGGAGACGAGGACCAUAGCUUAAUGUAUUAUGUUAAAGAUGUUGCUUUUGAUCGAAGCAUUUUGUUAUGGCACAUUGCUACGGAGGUCUUGUAUAAUACGGAUGAUGAUGAGAAUAAUUCAAAUCCAAAAAGUGAUGGGCAUAAGGAAUUUAGUAAGAUCUUAUCAGAUUAUUUAUUCUAUCUUUUGACUAUGAAACCUAGUUUGAUGGCGGUCGCGGUGGGUGUUAAUGAAAUAAGCAUUCAAGAAGUUUAUGCUGAGGUUGAAAAAUUAUGUAAAACCAAAGAGUUGAGAUGGAAUGAAUUAAAGAAAGCGUGUGAAUGCCUUCUUGAUUUUCAGGGAUAUAGAGAGGUCCAUAGUAAAAAUUGGAACUCUGUUGGCCGAAGAGCUCACGGAGUUGGAGCACAAGAAAUGGGAAUUAGUAAGUAA